AUGCUGGUCAAGAUCUGGACGAACACGGUCGAUCGCCAUCACCAUAGCGUCACGAUGUCGUCAUCACCGUUGUUGCUUCUACUGAUUCUGAUUCCGUUUGCAUCAUGCCAACUUCUGGAGAUAUUCGGUUUAUCUACAGGAGAUGCCGGUACCGUAGACCGACAACCGUUUCAGGAUCUUGCAAGUCAAUCCGUCGGGCUCAUCAACUAUCUACAGACCGUUCAACGCAAUCCAAACAAUCAAUUGGCGAAAAAGUGUGUCAGAGAAAGGAGAGCGUGUAGAGUGAGAGUAUUAGGAAACACUGCGGCUGGUAAUCAUUACUUGUUCUGGUUACGCGAACCGCUUCCGACGAUGAACUUUAUGGGUGGACUCCCAGUCGUACCAGGUGUUAUGGGCAGCCUCCCUGGCGCCGGUUCGUGUCUUCCGCGUGGAUCUCCUCUUGUGCGAGACAAAUCACCGAGUUUCUUCCAAAAUAUUUUGAGAAACAUUCCUGGAGCUCAUGAUUAUCUAGCCAGUUUACUACCUUCACCAAAAGUGGAAAGCGCAGCACUUUACGGUAAAUACCAUUGGGCUCUUGACACUCCAUCGGUCCAUAAUCGCUUCUGUGCAACAACCGAGUUUCAACCGACCGCCCAUGCUGGCAAUUCAUCUUCAUUCAGUAUACAGGAAAAAUUCCGCACACAAAGCGAGGAGGGAGGAGAGAAGGUUGCCUUCGGAUACGGUAUACUGCAUAAUGAACGGACAUACGUCUACAUGCAAGACGAUCCAUGUCCUUAUCAGAUUGUCAUUGUGGGACCACGUAAAGAUGGAAAUGGUCAGUACGAAUACGUCGUUUUAUCAAACUGGGCACGAUUUCCGUUGAUCGGCUUAGUAAGAGACAUACGUGUCUUCUACAGUAAGUACAAGGAUCAGCUGGAGACCGAACUCGAGAAAGAAGGCUUCAUCAACGACUAUUCCGGAUCAUCCAGCAUUCAUUACGUAGACUGGUCCAAGUGUAGGCCGGCCACGCCAGUAAGCUAUAUCCAAAACGUUCUCACUGAAUUAUUCGGGUAA